AUGGGCAUCGACUUGGUCGCCGGAGGUAAGAGCAAGAAAACCAAGCGCACCGCGCCGAAAUCCGAUGAUAUAUACCUCAGGCUCCUUGUUAAGUUGUACCGGUUUUUGGUGAGGAGGACUGGGAGCAGGUUCAAUGCGGUGAUACUGAAGCGUUUGUUCAUGAGCAGGGUCAACAAAGCCCCCAUGUCUCUAUCCAAACUCAUAGCACUCAUGAAGGGAAAGGAGGACAAGAUUGCAGUUCUUGUCGGGACUGUUACUGAUGACAUUCGAGUGCAUGAAGUCCCUUCUCUAAAGGUUACUGCUUUGAGGUUCACUGAAACCGCAAGGGCCCGAAUCGAAAAGGCCGGUGGCGAAUGCUUGACCUUUGACCAGCUUGCACUUAAAGCACCCCUUGGGCAAAACACAGUUCUCUUGAGAGGUUCAACCAAGGCUCGUGAAGCAGUGAAGCAUUUCGGCCCAGCUCCUGGUGUUCCACACAGUCACACGAAGCCCUAUGUGAGAUCUAAGGGAAGGAAGUUCGAGAGGGCUCGAGGCAGGAGAAACAGCAGGGGUUUCAGGGCCACUGUCGUCACCAAGACGACGACGACGAAGAAGAAUAAUUCACAUACCCUUCUCCACCAGGAAUUCGUUAAGCCGGAGGCGACCCAGCCGAAGGGCCUGACGCAGGACGAGCUCCUGGCCCUCCCAAUUGUACCCGCCAGCGCACCUCCGAGGAGCUCGAUCGGAAAAAGCUCCACGGCAAAUUCAGAUCCUACGGCGUGGGGAUCAUGGACGAGAAGCCCCGCCGCCAUGGAAGCUCCAUUCGUGAGGGCAUUCGGGAAUUUGCUCUGUCUAGGGUUGACCAGAACGACAAUUGGGCGACCAGUAAAAAAUUGUCUCCCCCUGGAUUUGGCGAGCCAAGGUAGAGGGGAAAAAGAGGGCUUCUUCACGGAUUCUCAAUCACGGGCAGAUGAGUUCGACAAUUGGGUGUCCAAUAAGGGCUUUGGGCCCAAGGGUUCCCUCAAGGGUUUUUGGAUCCUCGAUUUUCCAUGUAAAAAGCUUGAAUCUUUUUAUCCUUGA